GCGCACGUCGCGUCGAUCCUCGGAGCAACAGAGUGCUGUGUGUACACCCCCGCCCACGUAUUAUUGUGCUGGCUAGCUCACGAAGCCAGCUAGCCACGCUUCUGUCACGGGAGGACGCCCGGCGACAGCCGAGGCGGAUGAUGCGUCUCGUUAUUCCGCGAGAGGCAAAAUCCCGGGAGCGCCAACGAGCCGAAUGUUGAACAAGUUUUAAUGCGACACCGCGGUCGAGCAUGAUUCUGGCUGGAUCAGACCACUUCUUGGCGGUACCUGUGGAAGCGACUGCAGUUCUGGGUGCCGUUGCCGGUUUCGUAGUACUAUUGCUGGCCCUCUUCCUCUAUUUGUCUCGGAAGUGGUGCUUCACGCCGCCCUCCUCCACGGCGCUUUUCGGCGGAGUCUGUGUGCCCCUCUGUGAGUCCACCAACAGCUCCACAUCUCAAAUCUCGAAAAACAUAGGGAAGACAUUCUCCUAUUCAGAUCCAGAAACAAGCUCCGAUUCAGAAGAAGACGCUCUCCGACGAUUAAAUUCGCGUUCACAUCCUCCGCCGGAUACGUUAACUAUCCAAGCGGAGGAUGGACCAACGACCAUUGUAGAUGCUGGGACCACUUCCAGUAGCUGCACUGAGGAACACUCUCCAACGGAUCAGCAGCAGUGCGUAGUGGAAGUUGGGGCAUCUAACAUUAUACUCGACAAUAGAGAGCAGGAGAUAGAGGUCGAGCAAAAUGAAUCGACGACCAAUGAUGUCAUCACGACGGUGGGUACGAUGGCUACCGAGGAAGUUGGUAGUCUGGAAGUCGCUUUCUUAUACGAUGCCCCAAUGCGCGAGAUGACAGUUCACGUGUUACAAGGACGAAAUUAUCCCCCCGGCAUUGGCGGCAGCCAGGUACGAUUAGUCUUGCUGCCAUCAAAGAAGCAAAGACGCAAGACUCGAGUUCGGCAAGGGACAUCGCCGCAAUACAUGGAGAGCUUUUUACUUCCUCGCGUAAAUCCGGAGGAUGUAAACGCAAUGGGAGUACGGCUAAGGGUAUAUCUCUGGGGUGGCAGAAUGAUGCGUCGGGAGAGAUUGUUGGGCGAAGCCAGGGUAUCCUUUGAUCAGAUUAAUCUUCAACUGGAAACGACCCUCUGGUUGACUCUUCAACCGCCGCUUUCUUCUUCGGCGCAAGAUUGGGGAACUACCAGCAGUCUAACUCGUAGCGAUUCUACGGGAUCCCAGCAAUCGGUUCAGUCAUAUGCCUCUACAGCUAUACCGCCUUACGGUAGCAGUAUGAAAGGCGGCAGCGUCGCCGAAAUUCUAAUCGGUCUGGCAUACAAUGGCACGACGGGCCGCUUAUCGGUAGAGAUAAUUAAAGGCUCCCAUUUCCGCGGCGGAGGUGGAAAUGACACGAAACCACCCGAUACCUACGUAAAAUUGGCCCUUGUUGACAGCAACAACCACGAAAUGGGCAGGUCGAAGACUGGUCUAAAACGCGCCCAGCCGAAUCCCCUCUACAAGGAAACUUUUAUAUUUCAGGUCGCGUUGUUUCAAUUGGGGGACGUAACGCUAAAAGGACGAGAGAUGAUUGGCUGGCUUUCUAUGGGUCUGAACAGCUCCGGUUCCGAGGAGCUACAGCAUUGGAAUGACAUGCGGACGGCGAGGCAACCGACGCAAGUACAACGUUGGCACUCGCUAUUGCGUCCUUGAGGUAUUCUCGAGUGAAUGCCUCCUUUUGGAUUUAUUCUCGACGCAGCCAUUCGAGCGCGAAACCGAUUUCGCCGGUACUUGCCGCGAAGAGUAUGGGAAAUAGAUGCGCAUUUCUGAGGAAGAAUAACUGCUCGUGGCUUAUCUCGAAAGAGAUUUCGGCUCUUUUUUCUUAUCUCGCGGAGACACACACUGUGUACUGCCUGGUUGAUUAACGGAAGUCAAUAUUCCACUCGGUCUGUCAAUCAUAAGUCAGAGCCCAAACAACGCAACUGUCCAAAUAACAUCGUAAAGAUGUUCCAAUGUUGUAUGUCUGUUAAAUAAAAAUCACAAAUGGCGACAUAAAGACCAAAAAAUGUCGUACUAUUCUUUAGACAUCUGUUAGACAAAAAUAUACAAAUAUCUAAAUGGCGUCUUAAAUAACACGCAUGAAAGAUGCUUUAAUUGUCACUAAAAUUUUAGACAUUUUUUAAAAGUUGUUUGGGCUUUUGUUUUGUUCGGGAUGCUGUUUGGAAUACUGUAAACUCUGAGUUACAAACUCUUGUCUAAAUGUACCAAGUACAUUUCCUUUUUGAUACGCUGAUGGGAACAGUGCGAUUUAUCUUCGAUGUCGAGGAUCCCGGAUGAUCAUGUGAUGUUAUCGAUACCCGGCCCUCUCAUCGUGCCUGUCCUGUCACG